ACCCAUGUCGUGUGUUCUGCCUGUAUGGAACUGUGUCCGCGCUUCGAUGCGCUCGAGCUUUCCUGCAAGCGCUCGACAGAGGACUCUGCUCACGCCUACUGCAGGAUGUGCUUGAUUGACUUGAUUCACACUAGCCUCGCAGACACUACCCUUUUCCCACCUCGAUGCUGCGGCGAAUCCCUGCCUAUAUCUCGUUGCAAGCAACUAUGCCCACCAUCACUGAUGGCAGAAUACGAGGAAAAACAGAUGGAGCUAACGACGCCGAAUCCUGUAUAUUGCAGCAACCGAAGCUGUGCCAAGUUCAUCGAGCCUUGCAACAUCACCGCUGAUAUUGCAGUAUGCUCAACUUGCCAAAAGGAUACUUGCGCUAUUUGUCAAAAUCCGAGACACAACGGGGUGUGCCCAAGUGAUCUAUCGGUUCAGGCAUUGAUACAAGUAGCUCUCGAAGAGGACUGGCAGCGAUGCCCCAACUGCAGAACAAUGAUCGAGCUAGCCACGGGCUGCUAUCACAUGCGAUGCCGAUGCGGCACGGAGUUUUGCUACCUAUGCGCAAAGCUAUGGAAGACCUGUUACUGCCCCCACAUGGAU